GCCCAUAUGAUCUGCUAGCCAAGCACAUGGUUACAGAGCUCAACGCAGUUAUUGUGUCUGUAGAGUAUCGUCUUGCCCCAGCUUAUCAUUUUCCUGCCCAAUUUGAGGAUGUGUACCGUGUGCUGAAGUACUUCCUUCGUGUUGAUGUUCUGAAGGGCUACCAUAUCAAUCCAGAACGGAUUGCUGUGUCUGGAGAUAGUGCAGGAGGCAACCUUGCAGCUGCAGUGGCUCAGCAGUUGCAGAAGGACCCAGAACAGCAUGUCCAGCUAAAGGCCCAGGCUCUAAUCUACCCUGUUCUGCAAGCCUUGGAUCUGAACACUCCCUCUUACCAGCAGAACCAGCACAUGCCUAUACUGCCCCGCACACUGAUGGUGAGGUUUUGGAGCGAAUACUUCACCAGCGACAAGUCAUUUUUGAGAGCCAUGAUGGCAAACAGACACAACAACCAUGAAUCAGCUGCUUUGCUUAAGUUUGUCAAUUGGAGUUCAUACUUACCUGAUUCAUAUAGCCAGGCAUACAAUUACAGUGCUCCAACUGUGGUUACUGGAAAAAGUUCAGUGCGCUCUAUUGGUCCACAUCACUUGCUUGCAGAUCCAAGAGCCUCGCCAUUGCUGGUGCCUGAUACAACCUUGCGUUUACUGCCGAAGGCGUAUGUGUUGACCUGCGAGUAUGAUGUACUGCGGGAUGAUGGCUUGAUGUAUGUCACACGCUUGCGUAAUGCUGGAGUUGAUGUCACACAUGAACAUUACCCCGGUGGAUUUCAUGGCGCACUAAUGUUCACUACGUGGCCCACAGACUUUGAUAUUGGACACAGGAUGAUGGACAACUUUGUAUCAUGGCUUAAGCAAAAUCUAUAAGAUUAAUGUAGAACGCAACAAUGCUUAAUGCAUCAGUUUUGUUUGACUGGUUCAUAUAAUUUUUGUCUUAUUUAUUUCAUUUUUUUCUGUUGUUUACAGUGCACCACUUUUUAACUUAAAAAAGGGCACACUUUUGAUUGUAUUAACCCAUUAUGGUACAAACAUUCCUAUUAUGACCAAAUAUGGUCUUAAGAAACACUGGUCUGUAUUAUUUCCAAUCCGUUAACUUUGUGUAUGAUACUAAUGAAGGUGUUCAACAUGUUAACAUGACAAUUAAUAGUGUUUUAUUUUAUGAUUAUUAUAAUUUCAGUUUAUUGCAAUUAUCUCUGACUGCUUGAUGUUUUGAAAAGUUUGGUUUGAUAUGCAGUAAACUGUCUGAUGAAGUUCCUGGUUCACUGGAUUCUUAUCUUAAAUGGUGAGAAGGUAAGAUCAAAGUAAGAUCAAGUCUUCAGUAGGUACAAGUAAUUUGCUUCUGAGAACUGAGAAAUUUUAUGACACCAUGGCUUGAAGCAGCAGUUAUUUUUGCUCCUCCUAAACAAAUUAAAGUGCCUCACUGAAAGAUGGAAAAAUGGAAUGGAGCAGUCAUUUUUUAGA